CGACAAAUUUUCCUGGCAAGCCGCGCAAAACUCACCUACGCCUCACUGCUUUGUUCCUGUAACGAAGACGAAUCGCAUCUUCUUUCAUCGGAAAGACAAAGGUACACGAACCAGGAACAUUCGGGUUGACGGGAUUGCGCUGCGAGAGGAGAGAACCGACGCCCUCCGCUCUCCGCCCUCCGCUUCGCCGCACGUAUACCAUCGCCUUUCGCGACGUCGUAACUCCUCGUUUUGGUAUCGGGACCGCCAGGUCUGGGCAGUGAGCACCUAGGAGGGUGUCGUCACUGUUUCAAGGAGUUCGCGCUCGCGGAGAAACUCGCGUGCCACGUUGGACAAGAGGCACGCAUUUCUAAUCGUCUCCGGCUGAACUGGAUCUGACUCCAACAAAGCAACACCCACUUACAACCCUUCACCACCGACCACUGAAGUAUUUUCGCAUCAAGUUCCGCAUUCCGCGCCACCGCCGUCAUGUUCCCAAUCGACUCUAUGCAGGCGCAGUACUUUGAAGAGCGUGAGCAAGCCGAGGCAGCAAAGCGACUAGCACAUAUACAGGAGCAGCGAGCCAAAGCCCAGACAGCCGCAGUCCAAUCCGCUCUCAACGAGCCUCGAGCACAACGAUCGCAGGCACCGCGAUCUCUGUCGCAUGCGCAUCUACAGCCAAUGACUUCUCCAAACUCUUCAACAGUGCUUGGCAACAUUUUCCAUGGGUUCGCCAGAGGCACAUCGCCUGCGAAAAGUGCGUCAAGCGGGAGUUCGACGCCAGCGACUACGCCUCCCGUAAAGGUCAUGACCCAGGCCGACAUCGAACGGAUGAUGGAGAAAAAGAAAGACGCUGACUAUGUCGGCUCUUCACCAGGAUGGUGGUGAUUGCGACUAAGAUAUACAAAACUUGAUAUGGCUCACGAAGGAUACGAGCAUAUGUUUGCGAUUCAGCAUGGCGCUAUUGGAGCGACACGGAACAUCUUAUUUGGUUGCGACGAGGCUUGCUGCUAGCGAUAGCACUGCAUUUCUGUUCGAUUCUAGAUAUCCAUGCAGUACGGAAGGGACUUCAGCACACUUAUAAUAGUAUCCGCUGCGAUGGGUCUAUCCAACGCGGUAUGACAAUGCAGUGGAAUGUAAUGUGCCUUGGCAUUCAUCAGAGCCGUUCGGGCUCU